AAUACCACAAACUUAAAAAAAGGAAGGUGCAGUGCAACGAUGCAGAAUCAAAAGGGAAGAGUGAUCACAUGGAGUCACGUUUGCCUCUACUCUUUUUCAGGAGUCAUUAUUUUAUUGGAGAAAGUGGCACUUGUACUAUGCUUUAUGAACUACCUCUGGAUGGGAAAUGAGCUUCUGGCUUGGCUGACUUUGGGUCUAUGUUUGCCGUCCACAGCAGUGCAACUGCUUAGUCUGAAGUGGUACAUCACUGAAGCAGAAAAACCCAAGCCUUCUCUCAUCCUUGUGCACUGUUUGCAUCUGGGCACCUUUCAGAGGUUAUGGCACUGUAUGAAGUCCCAGGGUGUGCAAGUUAAGGUUGGGACAUUACUAAUUCAGCAGGCAGAUGUAUCUGCUCUGUGCCUGAUCGAGGCCCUGUCACUCAGCCUGCCUCAGGGUCUAUUGCAGACCUACAGCUUGUUCACCCUACACACCAGCUUUCUGUCACCAGUGGCUUUAUGUGUUGGAUUGAGCCUGCUGAAUGUGUCCUGGUUUCUGGCCUUGUACAGCCGCUCAUGCUUGCUGCUCCGUCCUGGCCACCUGUACAUGACCCCUGCUGCUAUGCUGUGCCAGCUCAUAUGGAGAGGUGGCAUGCUGAGUGCCAGGGUGGCCAGCCUCAUGUACUUCUGCAGUGUAUUUCACUGGUGGACCUACGGAGUGGUUGGUUUCCACUGGCUCAUUAUGACGUUUUGGCUUGUGUCCCAGCAGACAGACAUCUGCAUUAACAAUGGUUCUUGGCGUCUUUUCAACUUAAUCUUAGGGGCUAUACACAUUUUCCUGUUCCUGAACGUUAAAGACAGCCCAUCACGGUACCGCAUGGUUGGAUUUUAUUUGUUAAUGUUGUUGGAGAACACUUUCCUUCUACUUCUGGCCUCAGACUUAAUAAGUAACCCUUCGUGGCAUAGCAUGAGUGUUCCUGUGGCUGUCCUAUGCAGCUUCUUCAUUGGUGUCAUUUCUGUUGUCAUUCACUACCGAUUUCUUCAUCCAAAAUCCACUGAGAUCCUCCAGAGUUUUAGACUCAGUCAACUGAGCCUGACAACUAUUAACAGAACAACCUCUGAUGUACAUUGUAAAGAGUCCUCCACACAAAGGCAUGGCACUUUCUCAGUUACUGGUUGUGCUCUGUCUCUUGAGGAACAUGCAGGAGACUGUUCUGUUCAACCUAUAGAGGGUUGCUGGCACCAUCAUCAUAUGUUAAUAUACCUGGCUCUCAAAACUGGAAACUCAUGCAAAAUCAACUGCAUCUAUGGAGACAGAGGACUUUCAGCCUUACUGGGAAAUAAUGAGGUACCCAACACAGACUCUGGACUGAAGCAUUGUAUGCAGCCAUCAGUGAAUGUAGGUGAACACAUUGAAAACGGUCCUGAUCAUACAGUUUCUCCAGAGGGAGAGUCGAAGAUGCUGAACGGUGCAUUGUAUAACACCUGUCCUGCAGACUCCAGCAGCACUGUUUACUUCAGUGCAGAACCCCAGUCUCCUCAUAGUCUCGGUGAAGCAACUUUAGAUAAAGAGAACAUAGGCAUAAUUAGUCCAAUUAUUAAUGGAGCUGCACUGCAUUUGACUGCCAAACAAUGUUUAGACAGGGACCCAUGCUACACCUCAACACCAAUACCAGACCUCAAAAUUGUGCAAAAUACAAGUCAUCGAUUAGUAGGGGCUAGGAGACAGGUAUAUUUUUAAUAUUAUAAACAGGAAUGACAUAAACUCAUGGGAAUUCCUUAGUUUUGUUUGGGAUACAGCUUAUAAAUGUUUUGUGUUUAUUAGCACCAUAUUACAGCCACUAUCUACCCUCAUUGUUUUUGUACGAUUAGUUAUAAGCUCACUGAAUUUAGAUGAGUUUACAUUUUUUAAACAAUAUUUUAAAAUGACAAACCUUUUAUGUAUUUUACUUGCUGCUGUCUUUGGCUAUAUUACCAUCUUUGCUGGUAAUCUCUGUGAUUUUAUGUAUUUUAAAUAUGUCUACAUUUUAUAUGCUUCAUGAAAUUUAAUACGUAUCUCAUUUUAUAAGGUUUAAUUUUUCACAAGCUAUCUUU